AUGUCUCCCUACCUACUGAUGACCAUUACCUUCCACUUUACAUGUCAUCCCAUUACGCACCUCUGCUUGAAGCAGGCAUCCCGUCACUACAUCGGACCCACACUCGUCCACCCAGACCCACAACCAUCACCUCUGUCACUCCACCACAGACCACAACCAUCACCCUAUCCACUCACACCACACAACAACCAUCACCCUGUCACUCCACCACAGACCACAACCAUCACCCCUGUCGCUCCACCACAGACCACAACCAUCACCCUAUUGCUUCACCACACACAACAACCAUCACCCUGUCGCUUCACCAUAGACCCCACAACCAUCACCCUGUCACUCCACCACAUCCACAGCCAUCACCCUAUCACUCCACCACAGACCACACACCACAACCAUCACCCCUGUCGCUCCACCACGGACAACAACCGGCUCACCCUGUCCACGUCACCACAGACCACACAACAAAGCCAUCACCCUGUCCCGCUCCACCACGGACCACAGCCAUCACCCUGCCACUCCACCACGGACCACAACCAUCACCCUGUCACCCACCACACUGCAACAACCAUCGCCCUGUCACUCCACCACAGACCACAACCAUCACCCGUGUCACUCCACCACAGACCACACACCACAAUCCAUCGCCCUGUUGCUUCACCACAGACCACAACCAUCGCCCUGUCACUACACCACAGACCACAGCCAUCGCCUGUCCGUCCACCACGCAGCACAACCAUCACCCUGUCCUCCACCACACACCACAACCAUCACCCUGUCCAUCCUGAGAUACAGCCAUCACCCCAUAAUGCUACACCACAGACCACAACCAUCACCCUGUCACUACACCACAGACCAACCAUCACCCUGUCCGCUCCACCACAGAUACAAACCGUCACCCUGUCCUUCACCACGCACCCAACCAGCCAUCGCCCUGUCAUCACCACUGACAAACAUCGCCCUGUCAUCACCGCACCACAGCCAUCCGCCUAUCACUCCACCCACCGCACCACAAUAAAUCGCCCUGUCCAUCACCACGCACGACAACCACCACCCUGUCCUCCACCAUGGACCAACCAUCACCCUGUCGCUCCGCCACGGACCACAACCAUCACCCUGUCAUCACUUCACCGCAACGCAACCAUCGUCUAUCACUCCACCACGCACAGCAACCGUCGCCCUGUCCGCUCCACGGACAACAAUACAUCCACCCUGUCAUCCACCACCUGA